ACUAAGGCAUUUUGCGAAAAUAAUCCUAUGUAACUAAUGGGAAACCCCCCCAAAAAAGUUUUAUAAUCUCGUGGCACCGUAAUAAGGAUUUAAACGUUUAAGGAAGGCUGCAGAAGUGGAGAGAGAACUGGAAAAUACGUAAUUAAAGAUGCAAUUUUACUAGGGGCAGAGAAGAUGAAACCGGUCAAAUUAAAUACAAUUAAAGUACAAUACUAAUAAACAGGAAAGAGGGAACAGAUGACAGCGCGCACAGACUCGGUAUUGUUCCAGCGCAGGGAGGAGAGCUGCGCGCCUGCCUGCUGCUGCUGCUGCUGCUGUCUCUGAAAUUACUGGCAUAUUUUUUUUCUUUCUUUUUGUCCUGCGGUUGCAUUAAAUUUUUUCCUGCUGCAGCAGCCUUUUCGAGUGACCACUUGAAUCCAGGAGAGCUCCGGGACUGGAAAGGAACAAUGACAGGGCGAAGGAGUCUGCGCUCCUGACCCUGAGCCCCCGCAAAAAACAAACACACGCAGCAGCAGACACGCACAGCCCUGGAAAGUCCGGGGCUAUCCAUCAUCACAUUCAUCACCUUUUUGAACCGUCGUCUCUUCAGUAUCCACACACAAGCGGCACCGCGUCUCAACCUGGCAAAGCUACUGUUACUGUCUUUUUGACAAACAAAGCGUCUCCGUACUCAUUAUCACGCUGCGUACGAGUGCCAAUUUUAACCCUGAACCGCUAUUCUUUCUGCGACUACGAUUUAACAAUAGCUUCAGAGCUUCGUGAAAUGUUACCAGGCGGUUUUUUGGAACUUUUCGACGACAGCAUACCAACUUUAAAAAAACAAAUUUACCUCAGAAGCAACUCGAGUUGUCUUUCAUGUCACGCUGGGACCAACGGCUACUGAAAUGGGAAUUCCACACACGAGCUACUGGAAAUGCGUCCUGAUCCUCGUGGCGGCCGUCAUGUCACCUGCCUCCACAGUCCUGUGCAAUGAUAUUUUGGGUGUAAAGCUGCCGGGCGACCCUGAGCUGACGCCCAACACGGUGUGCCUGACCCUGCCGGGCCUCAGCAAGCACCAGAUGAGGCUGUGUGUGCGCAGCCCUGACGUGACUGCCUCCGCCCUGCAGGGCAUCCAGAUCGCCAUCCACGAGUGCCAGCACCAGCUGAGGGAGCAGCGGUGGAACUGCUCUGCGCUGGAGACCGGGAGCAAGCUGCCUCACGACAGCCCCAUCCUGAAGAGAGGUUUCCGGGAGACUGCGUUCGCUUUCUCCCUGCUCGCGGCGGGGGUGACUCACUCGGUCGCCAUGGCCUGCAGCCUGGGCAAGCUGCAGGGAUGCGGGUGCGAGUCCAAGCGCCGCCGGGACGAGGAUAAGAUCCAGCUGAAACUGAACCAGCUGCAGCUGCAGACCCUGCAGAGGACCAAGGGGCUCCCCGCGCACCUCCUCCAGAGCCAGCAGGGGGCGCCCAGCCUGCAGGACACCUGGAAGUGGGGCGGAUGCAGCCAUAACGUCAAAUUCGGGGAGAAGUUCUCCCAGGACUGGCUGGAUUCCAGCGAAUCGCCACGGGACAUUCAUGCCCGCAUGCGGCUCCACAACAACAAAGUGGGCAGGCAGGUGGUCAAAGAAAACAUGAAGAGGAAGUGCAAGUGCCACGGCACCUCGGGAAGCUGCCAGUUCAAAACCUGCUGGUACGUCACGCCCGAUUUCAGGCUGGUGGGAUCGGUGCUGAGGGACAAGUUCCAGACGGCCGUGUUCAUCAACUCGCAGAACAAGAACACGGGCGUCUUCAACCCCCGCCUGAGCAAGCAAAGGGUGUCCAGCCAGCUGGUGUACUUCGAGAAGUCCCCCGAUUUCUGUGAGCGAGACCCUGCCUUGGACUCGCCAGGCACAGAGGGACGGAUCUGCAACAAGACCAGCCAGAACAUGGACAACUGCGGCAGCCUGUGCUGCGGCCGCGGACAUAACAUCCUGAAGCAGACGCGCAGCGAGAGAUGCAACUGCCGUUUCCACUGGUGCUGCUACGUGCUGUGUGAGGAGUGCCGCGUCACGCAGUGGGUCAACGUCUGCAAGUGAGACCCGCACCGUCCCGCUGCUCACCCCAGGGACUAGUCAUGUGAUCAAGAAGCUGUUAUAUUGACCUGCAAUAGAGACCCAAGCCUUCCCAAUGUCUUUUUAUGGGGUCUCUAUAAAACAAGAGAAGCCAGAAGAAUCGUUUCUAGAGCACAGUGAACUCUAACCCUGGCACCAGUACCUCCUCAUGCAGUCACGAUGGCGUUUAUUUAAUUGAAUUCUGAAAAAUAAAUAAUGCUGUCUCUGGAGUCAAACAGAGGAGCUGCAAGUCAAGGACACACUGCCCCAGCGUGAGUGCAGUCAGGGUGGACGCCUUGUGAAACCCAGAAAACUGAGCUCUCUUUAUACAAGGAUGGACUAGGCAUCGCUGUUUCAGGAGUGCCUGGUCACUGAACGCCACAGGAUCCUGAUCAGUGCACCAAAAAUCGAGUUCAUCUUGUUAAACAAUGAAAUAGAAACCUUAACAAUAUCUACUUCUCAUUUUCAGAGUGCUGUGUCAACAAUAUCCCACUCAAACACCAUUCUCUGUUCAUACUAAGAGGAUAAUCAGCCUUGUUGUACGCAGCAGAGAAAAAGACAUGGCUGAUUCUGGAGUGUGAUAUCACACUGCAUCAACAGGUAUAUAACACUCCACUGACACCACUGUCUCCAUGUAAAAAGGGAUUCUUAACCUGUGCUUGUUAAACAGUAUAAUAGGGACCUGAGAAACUGACAAUGCCUUUUCAGGGGUGUCUCCGAGUGUGAUCCAAACUUUCCCACUGCUGUCACCUGCUAACAAGAGUUUUUUUUUUUUAUGGACCUGCAGAAAAGACAUUGCGGUUUCAAGCCCCCAAAACAUAUGAAUCUAAUUGUGGUUUGAAACAACUUUUGCAAUUCUUGCCACACCUACUUACCAAGCCUUGGAAAUUGUUGCAGGAAUACAGUUUUCAACAGGAAUCUAUAACUUUAUGACACACGCCUCACCUCUGACUGAAUUUACCAGUAAAUUAGACAUAGUGCAUAAACCCAGUCUCCUAUAUUUCCUUGUGUUCUUGUUCGUUCAAAACCCAAUCCCUCCCCCUCCUCGGCUCGGGCAGCUAAAUAAAUCAAAAGGGCUCUUCAUCUGCUUGCCUGAACAGCAGCCCCGCAUUUACAGGCAGCGCAAGCAAUUCCAUAAGUUCUUCUAUAAAAAAAAAGAAAAGGAUACACAAAGACGUUUGAUACUGGAGAGUUCGUCAGCCCAAUCUGUGCACUGGAGAGGCUUACAGUGCUUUACUGCUGAGCUGAUGAUUAUGAAGAGAGAUGAGUGAUAAAAAGGAUUGGAGGUUUUAUUAGAUCUCUUUAAGGCUUUUCUGGCACUUGAAGCUGUCUGGAGUUUUAGGGAGAUGGACAGCAGUGCUGGUGCUGUAACAAGUUUUUUUUGGCAAGAUUUCCUCCAUGCAUCUGUGCUUUAACAGCCCUGUCUAGCAAAUACCUGGGUGGUGUAAUGGGGCAGGGCAACAUUUAGGCAUAUAUAUUGAACUCUGGAGCUAAUGCAUAAUCUAUGAAGCAGCAAGGUUUUGGGUUCAAAUGCAGUAGUUGCACCAAGGUCAUACGCAUUGACGUUUUAUAGUGCUAUACAGUCCAUGUACAGAUGACUGGACUCACCUAAACUAGACACUUGUGGGACUCCCUGUAGUGAUAAGCCUGUGGUGGCUUGUGGUCUUUUCAAUCAACCUAAAAAUGACCUAAAUACAGCCACCGUUAAAACAAGGACCUGUUAUGUUCAAGUGAUUUAAAAGCGAAAUGCUAGUAGAUAGACUCACACGCACUUAGCUAGAGGUGUUGGUUUCAAUUACCUUUUUAGCAGGGACCCUUUUUAAUGAUGUAGUGUUAGAUCCGCCGCUGGGAGAGUGAUGGAACUGACCCCACAGGUUCAGAAGAGGACGUGUUUUUGGACCGGGAGCUGUUUUUUUCAAGCACAGUGAAACCUGCAUUGCUGGAGUGAACCUGGCUACCGCAAUUCUAUAGAAAGAAAAGACAUACAGAACCGUGAGCGAGUUUGAUUUGGACCGGCGUUCAAGCAGACUGUUCCCUUGUGUGUGACGUACAGAGGGCCCCCCUAAAAGCUCUGUCCGUUUAAAAAGCAAAAAGGCACGAUGUGUAAAAUGAAUCAGUAUUGCUAUAGAGUAGAGAUAUCAUUGGUUACCAGCAGAUCCCAUCCUAUUUAUCAGUGCUCAUGCUCUAAAUGAUGUAGGGUAUGUAUGUAUUAUAUAUGAAAUACUUCUCCGCAAGGGUAGUUUUCAAUCGUUUUGAUCAUCAUAUCACUUGAGGAAUGCACUUCUCUUUUGCCAGGAGAAAAAUAAUUUCUCUUCUAAGGAUGGCGGUGUACCCAGAUCAUGCUCCCUCCUGCAACAAGGCUGGUUUUCUGUUCCCACAAUACACUGCUCAUCUCAAUCAGAGCACCAGCAUUGUUGCAGGAGGGAGCACCGGUCUGGAUACACAGCGCUUUCUUAUAGAGAAAGCCUCUUUCUUCUUGUCAAUGCUCAGGUGAUUCCCCAGGUGAUUUCAGACCCAUGGUGUGUGAAUAAAAAAUACCCAAACAAUCAGGAUUAUGUUGAAAAACAUGCCGCUGCGGGAUACAGCAAAGCAAUGCCUUUCAUGUGCACACUGCAGGGGGUUCUGUAACACAUUAAAGCUCCAGUGACUGCGAGUCUUCGUAACAAAUUACAGACCUUGGUAAUAAUCCUUCAAAGCAGAGCAGAAAAUGAAGACACCGUGUCGUCUUCAAAGACAUGAAAAUAUUUGUCUUCUUCCACUUCAACGUGAUCCCAUUUUCACCGUUCGCCUCGGGCAGGGCGGGGUGGGGGAUGACAUCCCUAUAGAUCUGAUUAAUUACUCAUUAGCGUUUUCUUAAGACGCUCUUUCAGAUAAAAUAAGUCAUACGUUGACAGGGUUCACAGAAAGGUCAGCCCUGUUGAACUGUUACCUGUACGGGUUAAACCAAAAAUGAGACCCCCCUCCCCUCCCCCCAGGUGACUUGGAAAACUCUUAAGAAGAGUUCCCUGGAAUCCGCUGCAGCUGACAGAUUGGGGGCGUGGCCGCACAGUCACUGCAGUUCAAGCCUUCAGAACAUCACCUUCAAGAGGAGAGGAUCUCUCACGGACUGCCUGUCCCCCUAGGGCACACCGACAGAACUGCAGCUACUCAGCAGCUCUGGCCAAAAGUUUAGCAUCACUUAGAAUUUCAGGAUUGACACAUAAUUAAAAAAAGAAUGAUAUAUGAACAUACUUUAGAUCUUUUAUUUAACAUCUUGUAAUCAAAGAAACUACACAACGAUAUCGCAAAAGUCUACCGGAAGCCAUAAUAGUAAUAUUUCAUGUUUCGAAAUGUCACAUUUUUCAAUAUUUGUCAGUUUUUCAUUAAGUAUAUGGAAAACUACAAAGCGGUAUGCAAUUCACUAUGUUAACGUAACAUUAUUCAGCAGGUUUCAUUGGACUUUAUGAAACUAAAUGAGUUAACUCUAUAGGGUGGUGCAAAACUUUUGGCCAUAGCUGUACAGCGGCUGGACAAUUACAAACGGGCCGUUCUUUACCUGACCGAUUCAGGCAAGGCUUGAAACUCUCACCACCCAGCACCCAGUCCUGCGUUCAGAAGAUCCCCUGUUCAAAUAGAUUAAUGAAAUUACUAGAUGCCAGGAGUUUGAACAAUCAACAAUAAGGCAUACCUGUAACAGGAGUUGUUCGUGUAGCUGUAGGGAGGAACACUGCGUUUAACUUCAAACUCCUGGCUGCUGAUCAUGUAAGAAAUAUACUUCAUUGAAGGUAGCUCUGAAGCACACUGCCAAGUGUAUUUCGCAAUAUGUAAAAGCUGCCUUUCACAAUGGGACCGCUAGCGAGACAGCCAAUAGAGAUGGCUGCAGCUUCCGUAGACAAGGGAAACACUGAUUUUACAAACCUUUCCAGGGACUGUCUGAAAAGUGGUUACAAUCUGGAGCACAGACUUUGUUGUGUGGGAUGCGUUUCUUACAUCCACUGGGGGCAGAGCGUUGCAGUGGGGACAGGUUAAUGGUUACACACUGGUGUACCAGCUGUAACGAGAAGACAGGUUUGAGAUCUCUUUUGAGGGGCUUAAAACUUCUGAGUCACCAGGAUGGGUGGAACAGAAAGAAAACUAAAGGAAGAAGAAGAAGAAGAAGAUUUUCGCUUGGAGCUGCUCUCUCAUGCCUUAAGAACAUGGUUGUGUCUUUCCAGAAAUGUGUUUGUGUCUCUAACAAAACAAACGUUUUUAAUCAGUGGCUGGGCUCGCUGUGAGGGGAGGCUGUCCCAUCUGGUUUGAUGCACUGAACACUGUCCCAGUGCCAGCAGCACAGAGAAGCUUGCUCCUCGCUGUGACACUGUGAUUAAUAUCCCUCCUGGAGAUACUUAGCGGGCUGUAAUUACUGUGCACAUUCUUCUCCCUCACAACUACCCCCUCGUAAUACGUGAACUGUGCUGGGGAGAGCGAGCCAAAGCAUGGGGGAAGGGGGUUCCACGUGUACUGCAGGCAUCCUGUUCAUGAGAAGUACUUUUUUUUGGGGUGCUCGUUCAAAAAAUGGGGACCCUUAUGUCCGUCAUGUCCGUCCAUCCGUCUGUCUGUCACAAUGCAGUAGAUCGAUGCACAGACAAAAUAAAGAGAUGCACGCUUGCUUGCUGAACAAAAAACGGUCUGUCCUGUUAAGUCUGUAACACGUAUAUAAUUGUGCAGUUGCGUCAUUCCUCCACCUAGGACUAGCCAUAUUGAACAGUGUUAAACAGCAACUGUGAACUGGAACAUAAACGUUCAUGGAUUGGAGUCGCGACAUCACAGUGAACAUCUGCCUUGAUUUUGCAUCAGUCUCCACCGAACUUACACUCCAAGCUCUCUAAAUACGUCUAUAAAUAGUUAGCAUUUUUCUAUAGUCCAAUAAACUCUAUAGGAAUUACUGUAGGGGGACCCUCUGUAUGUGCUUCUACAGGGUUAUUGUUUUACAUGCAACUUUCAGUUACAACAGUCUUCCUUGCACCAUACAUACCGUAGACAAAGAUGAAAAACAUCUAGCAGCAUUAUCUAGUCCGCAAGCCGAUAAUAGAGAAGAUCUUAAAAAAUCUAUAAUCUAUAAUCUGAGUAUAGCAGCCCUAUGGCAAAUGAACCAAGCUGUAGCAGUUUAUCUACAGCAUAGUAUUUUAAAUUAUUUGCAUAUCAUGAAUCAAUGUACCAAAAAACAACUGAAGGCUGUGUAAGCACGCUAUAAGGAGGAGCAGUAACAAAGUUAAUAAGGCUAAUAAGAGCUGAGAAAUGUUGGCUGUCAACGGCAACUCUUUACAAAAUAGUUUUGAAUAAAGUGUGCAGUCUGUCAGCAAACCUCUGGUUUGUAUUAUCUCCCAUUUCUUCAUUUUUUUUUAUUAUUCUUGAUAUUAGUCACUGCGAGGGGAAUUUCCUGUCCUGUCUCUCCCAUGUGUCAUAAGCAGAGAGAUCAGAAGUGAAUUCCUUUUGUGUCACCGCAGAGCCAUUGCAAAACGCAGCACUAAUCAGAAGCAGCCGCCUCCGCUUCCCUUGAGACAGGGUUCACUGCUGGGAAACCGUCCUUCAGCACUGCUUGUGCUUUAGCAGUUACCAGCAACAGCUGCCACAGAGACACAGGCAGGACAUCCCUUUGCCUGGAUCUAUAUACAAGCUGCAUCUCCCUGUUGUGAACAAGUUUCUGCCACAUGGGCAAAACACCAGAUCUGACAACGCUGUAGAGUGAUUGCAGGUGUUCCUGUACACAAGACAGAUAUGUUUCCUGUGUUUGGUGACUUCGGCUCCAGUUUAUUCUGGAGAUGUAAUAGAAAUGACGUCCCUGCUGGAACUAGAGCCCGGUAAGACCUGCAGAACAAUUCUCUUUCCUAUACUGCUAGAGCACUCUGCAGUGUUGAGAGUGGAGUUCUCUUUCCUAUACUGCUAGAGCGCUCUGCAGUGUUGAGAGAGGA